AUGACCGGAAUAAUAACUAAUACUAGAAGUUGGCCACGACGUAAGUUGGCAUUAGUGAUUGGUAUCAGUGACUAUGAUGUCGAGGAGCAAUUAGAGAAUGCCAAAAAUGAUGCCAUUGAUAUGUCAUCCGUACUCAAAAGAAUUGGUUUCAUUAUUGAUAAACCAAAACUAAAUUUAAAAUGCAAAGAUAUGGAAGUUGUUCUGGCUAAAUUUAAAUAUUCAAUAAAUUCAGGAGAUAUGGUCGCAUUUUAUUUUGCUGGACAUGGAUUACAGUGGGAAGUACGUGCUUAA